UGAUGGUUGGCUAGGAGCGUGCUAUGUGGUGAAGUUCAUUUCUAAGAGUGUACGUGACAUUCAAAUCCCAGGAGGUGGCAAAAACCUAGUAAGAACAAAUAAAGUUGUCCCGCAUUAUUCUAGGCGGCGUAGUUUCUUAAUUAUAAUUGAGUGACACGUUUUCUGGGACACCCUGCAUAUAGCGAAUGCCUUUGACGCGUACUGAGCAAUUUGCUGCGCCAUCGUCUCCUUGUAAAAUGUUGUGACAUCGCAAUCACUAGCAUCUUCAUUCCAGGCAGAAAAUUCUCGCUGCCGUUGCCAUCGGAUGCCUUCUUCUCGUCGGCGCCGUAAUUCUUAUGAUGGCUGUACUUGGCUCGGACAGCAGUGAAGAACAUGGCUCCGACUCCAAAAAUGGAGGAAGCGACGACAAUGACUACCCGGUAUCGUAUGGCGGGGGCGGUUCCUCAAGUCCUCCCAGCAUCCCUGCGGAACCUGCUAGCCCCCCUUCUACCACCACCACCACCACAACGACAACGACCACGAUCAUCCCCAACUACUUCCUCAUGUGCACCGUAGGACUACGUUUCUUCGACACAAAGGAGUAUAAAACGGUGGGAUGCACUUACUUCGUUUUCGACAGCGUCAUCCCGACCGACAUUGGGUUGAUGGGGUCUGAGGAUCAACGCGCCUGGAAAGUCUUCAAAAGUCUGUCGUGGGCACCAAACCCGCUGUUUGGUAUUUCUUUUCCCGGAAAAUAUGCCGCAGACUUGACGACGGCUCUCUCUAACACUGCCCUCGAUGAUUUGAAGCAGCUGUUCGUAAAAGGGUACAGAGCCUUCGGGGUUCUCAACUGCAAAGGAGACGCUUCGUUUCUUCAUGGUACCGCUGGAAAGAAUAUCGGCGACUUGUUUGAUAAAAUAUUCAACUCUAUGACUCAAGUCCAAAGGGAUGCUGGUCCAGUGAUUUUCUUCGUUGGACUACAGCUAUCGGCAGGAUCGACAUCGCAAAGUGCUGCACUCAUGCAGGACGCCAAGGCUAUAAGUCACCUGAAGAUGCUCAUUCUUCAGAGCCACAUAGCACCCCAGCCUCCUUUGACUGCAAGUGAGUGCUUCAUCUAUCCGAGCAGCUCGUGGACGCAAACUCCCAUCAAGGACAACAUCUACUCUUCAGUGCAACGGGCCUCUUCUAUGCUUUCGGACGCACCAAACAGCGGCAUGAGCUUUGCCAUUUCCUUCUCGAUGGCUCUGAGUAUCUACGUACUCUCCUCCGAGGCGUCUUCCAAUACAAAGAUGAAAGAUUCCUGCUCCGCCAGCGGUGUUAGCAGCCCCGACGAGUACUGCUCAGUAAAUGUAGCCAAUGUCUCUACUCAGACAGACAAUGCCGAACAUAUCGUGUGGACGUAUAUACGUCAUACGAGAUACGUCUACUCGUACACUCCAGAUGCCAACGUGAUUGAAUUGUACAAUGCGGCUAAGGCAUCUGUUCAAAGCAGCAAGAGGUUCGGCAUUCUGGUAGCGGAUGCACAGUUGGAUUACACACGCUCGUGUAGUUGUGGCAAACUGUGCAGACUUCAAGCUAUAGCUACCUUCCUCGACAAUCUACGAAAAGCCGGGCUCUGAAAGAGGGGAGGGAGAUUACUCAUGUUGUUCACCGUCAAGAGCAGCCUUUAUUUCACUCGUCCGAGAUUGUGUGAGCAAUAAAAGCAGUUGUAAAUGUA